UAGAGCUUUGCUUUACGAUGCUGCCAGCAAUAGCAAAUGCUGUCCCAACCAGCUCUAGCCCUCUGGAUGGAGCAGCAGCUAUGCAGGUUUUAUGCCAUUUGGUUCUUUGUCCAGCUCAGUUGCCCACUCUUUUGUUCAUUUCCCUCACUUCCUGCUAGCUACUAAAUUAAGGGGAACGAGAAACCUAGUUUGAACUCUCUGAGGAGGAUCAGCAGAGCCAAGACCUUUGGUAUCAGUGUUUUUGGCUAACUCUGCUGAAAAUGUUUAUUACUUACGUUCUUCCGAGUUCCUAACAAGUAAGCAGACUUAUACAGAAAAAUCUACUGGUAAGUAGUUUUGAUAGUGAAUAUGUCCCAUUUAGCAUGGAUUCUUAGUUUUCCUCUAGAAUCCUCAAAAAGUCUAACCUAAAACUAUCCUUCUGCUGAAGCUGGUAACUUUUUAGUUUUUCAAAUCCCCAGUGUUCAAGUGACUUUCUGGUCUGCUGGGAAGAAGAGUGUUCCAAGCUGUGUAGCCUACUUUCAUUGUUCCCUGCUGUACUUCUGGACUCUACCGCUUAUUCUGAGUCCCUAUUGUCUUGCUGUGUAGAAGAGAUCCAUAAAUACUUAUGAUAAUCUAAUCGAUCUUCAUAGGCAAUAGUGGAUAGCAGUUGCCAGCAGCUAUCUUAGCCUGACAGAGAGGGAUAAAAUGUUUGACUCUAUGCUACAACAAAAUAGUCACUAGGUAUAUUCACAGUGAAGAUUUUUUCUAAAUUAAGUAGCUUCCAUGAUCGUAGAAAUCAGAUCUGUUUUUAUUCUUUUUCAUGCAGGACGUGAUAGGUAGAACAGAAUCCUGUGCUUCAGGACAGAUACCUAUGACCUACCUAAGCUGCCUUGCUUACAUGCUGGAAGAAUGGACUGCUGUGGAGUACCUGGAGAAAUAUUUUUUUCAUGUGGUCAUCUCACUGAUGAGUGCAAUACUAGUCUCUUUUAUGGUUCCUUUAGCAAUCUUCAUUUCAAUGUACACUGCUAGUUUUUUGUUUUUCAUAUAUCAGAGGAAGAAUGAGGUAAAAGGAGAUCCCCUGAGUGAUGUUUGGGAUAAUGUAAGGAAAACUGCAGCAAAGUUUUGGGAUAUAUGUGCAAGAGUAUGGCAUGGUUAUGAGCUUCAUGGUGUGGAAAACCUACCAGAAGGACCAGGAAUUCUUGUGUAUUACCAUGGUGCCAUUAUUGUAGAUUACCUUUCCUUUUUAGCUAGGUUCCUUCUCUGGAAAGAAAGACUUUGUCUGUCAGUAGCUGACCAUUUUAUCUUUCGUUUACCAGGACUUAAAUUAUUCUUGGGGGUGAUUGGUAUUAUGCCAGGUACAAGGGAGAACUGUCUCAAGGCACUGAAGGAUGGAUCCUUGGUGUCUAUCUCACCUGGUGGGCUUAGAGAAGCACUAUUCGGUGAUGAAAAUUAUCAACUCAUGUGGGGAAAUCGAAAAGGUUUUGCUCAGGUGGCUAUAGAUGCAAAAGUGCCCAUCAUUCCAAUGUAUACUCAAAAUAUUCGGGAAGGAUAUAUGGCAUGUAAAGAAAGAAGAUUUUUAAGAUGGUUAUAUGAAAAUACUCGACUGCCAGUUACUCUACCAUAUGGAGGACUUCCUGUUAAACUUCGCACAUAUAUUGGGGAGCCAAUUCCUUAUGAUCCAAAUGUAACUGCUGAGGAAUUAGUUGAAAAGACAAAGACUGCAGUCCAAGCUCUAAUAGACAAACACCAAACAAUCCCAGGCAGCAUAUGGAAGGCCUUAUUGGACCGAUUUGAUAAACAGCAGAAAAGUGAUUAGAGUGCUUGUAUAAUGAAAAACAAUGUCCUACAGCAAUAGUGGCAGUUUAACUUACAAGUUUCUGCAGAUUCGACAGAAGAAAACAAUGUCUUUUAGGCUCCCCCAUAUAUGGCGCUCUGAGGAUAUUUUUAAGUCAAAAAGAGUGGGCCCUUAAACAAGAAAACUUAUGUAUAAUAGCAGUGCAGUGCUAAACUCUCCAGAAGAAAAUCAUGUAGCUGGUAUUUGGCCUGUACCUAAAACAAAUAUUUACAUAGAGCUGAGAGCCUCAAAAAUUUUGUCUAGUUCUGUGGCUUUAUGUUUUGAGCUGAUCACAGUCUAGUUCCUGAAAAGAAUCUCAAAUCAGGUGUUGUCCCACCAGAGUCCAAUGUAGCAGGCACUCUCUCUGAGCACGUUACCAAUCAGACCUCAGACAAGACAGUGUGAGAAGAGAAAAUGUCUUUCACUUCAGUUAUUCACUAUUGCUUAGACCAUUUUUCUGGAGAGAGAGAUAUAUAAAGAGAAAUAAUCUCACUAAAUCAGACAUUAGACUUAUACAAACUCCUUUUCUUAAUGGUUCAGUAUCCUGGAAAGUAAAUUCUGCAUCCAAGACUUUGCUCUGACAGAAGUGUCUCCUAUGCAAGUAUUUUAUCCCCUUUGUACAGUGGAGUGAGGGAUCCCACUCCCAUUUUUUGAGGGGAUGGAACAAAUCUGGCUAACUCUAGAGAAGGAGACACAGACUGAUAGAAAUAUCUGAUUCAGAUUCUAACUACCAUUUGAGGCACAAAUUAAAGUUUUAUAUUCUCAAAGAGAGAAAAAAGGCUUUAGUUAAAUGCAGCACUAUGCAAAUACAUGUUUAAUACUUUCAAGUCUCAGCUGGUACAUCCAUGCACUAUUGCACCAUACAAUACUGAUUUAGUAGAGGAGGCUGCCCCUAGUUUGAGAAUCCCUGCAUUGUAGUCUGUUUGCAGUACAGAUAUGCUGUCGUCACCCAGAUCUCCCAGGGAGCUGGCAGGAGCAGCUUACUUAAUGUAAUCCAAGCCUGAGGCUUAUAAUCACUGGUGUUUUGCCUAAAAAUGCAACACCUCCAUCCUCGUGUGGAUUGAGCGUAAAUGCCUAUUUGGAAAGGAGGACAUAGGCAGUGUUGUCUUACUAAUACAUUUUUCAGAAUCCUGAAACUUGCUACAAAGCAGAAUGUAUUCUUUACAAGCUACAUGAUGUUAUUGGUGGGAGUGGGAAACCUUUGUAUAAUUAAAAAUGACCAAAACUGUUAACUUCAAAAACCAAGGAGGGUAAUUGUUGUGCCUCAUUUUUUCUUCCUGUACGUUAACACCUAUACUCUUUCCCCUCAACAUCCUAAAAAUUUAUGUAGCAUCUAAGACAAUAUAUACAAGGUUAGCCCAUUGUCACUGGAAAAACUAAAUCUACUCUUUGGAUCAAAGUAUUCUUCUCUCCUGUUCCGCUGCUGCUACUCCCUAAAUAUUUCUCACAUACCUGAAGGAGGAAGCAAGAUGGACAGGUGAGCUUAUUUUGAAGCAAGUUAGUCCCCUGGAACAAAAAGACAAGAAUCCUGUCCUGAAACAACUCAGAUCCAUCCUGAGACAUAGGAGUGUUUACUUGAAUACCUUAACUAGUUGUAGUUAAGGCAGCAUACAGGCAGAAAGAUUUUUCUCCCAGGAGAGACUCAACAUGCAUAGGAAAUGAUAGACUACAGCAAAUCAAGAUGCUGACUACCAUGCCUGUACUUGAAUAGGAAUUCAAACCAUGCAGUCUUAUAUAGUGCACCCUAGCAAUUUAUGCUAAAAUUCAAAGCCUGGUGUUAACUUGAGUAAGGAAAGGAACUAAAAGAAAGGGCUGCAGAUACUAAAAUGGACACAGAUGAAGAAGCAGCAGCAAUUAAGAGUAACCAGAAUCUGAAAAUAUUCCUUGUUAUCACAAAAAUCAUGUGGAAGGAAAAUAUCCUAUUUUUCAAGCACAUUAACAUAAUCAAUUAGCACACUUCAGUCAUCCAUAUUCUGAGAGUUGCACUACCUUUCAAACUCUGUGCCCUCUGACACCUGACAUUAGGGGCCAGGCUGCAACUCAGCAUGGAGCACCAGCCUUGGACAAAGGAUAUGUAAGGAACAAUGAUUAUUUUUCAAAGUGGGGAUGUGAGCCCAGAUCUCCUGUAUCUCCAGGGGUUAACAGUUUGUUAGCAAAGCAAAAGCUUUUGCUGGGCUAUGUCAUGUUACAGCAGCAUCCCAAUAUUAUCUGCAGUUUGUCUGAAACGAGGUGGAGUGAAACUUAAUUUCUUUCUGUUGCUCUCUCUCACAGUUGUCUUAAAGUAUUUUCUGGGUUCUUAAGGUAAUGAACGAAAUUAUUAUUUAGAAAUUUUAGUAUUUUUGAAUGAACUAUAAGGCAGUGCUUUUUCUAGUAUUUAAAUCAGUUGGUUUUUUUUUCCAUAAAUGUUAUAAUACUGCUCUUCUAAAAGAGUUUGUGUCCAUACAAAUAGAAUUGUAUUUCCCAAUCAAAUUGCUCUCCUACAACAUUGUAUUGUCUUGCCUCUCCAUCAUAAAAUAAAAAAGUAUGAAAAAUAGGAAAUGCA